AUGGAUAUUGAAACAGGUAAGGGUGAGAAGAAGAAGAACUUCUUCGUCAAGAUAUGGGAGCAUAGUAGAUCACUCAAUGGUGGUCCCAAGACAUCAUCAACUCUGCAUUCGAAUCCUUUGUCAAAGAGCAAAUCAUGGCACUUCUAUGUAGGGGAGGAGACAGAAAGGUUUGUAAUCAAGAUUGAGUAUGCCAAUCAUCCACUGUUCAAGAUACUUCUUGAAGAUGCUGAAAUGGAGUAUGGGUUCAACAGUGAAGGACCCAUCUUGCUCCCAUGUGAGGUUGAUCUUUUCUACAAGGUUUUAGCAGAGAUGGACAAUGAAGAAAUUAAUCACGGUUGGAGUUUCAAACAUAGCUCGUGCAGUCCUUUCAAUUAA